AUGUCUCUAAGCUGGCACCAGGAUGAUUCAUAUUUGGAGAGUUACAUAAGCACCAUUGGAGUUGAUUUUAAAAUACGCACCGUGGAGCAAGAUGGGAAGACCAUCAAACUUCAAAUUUGGGAUACUGCCGGACAAGAACGUUUUAGGACAAUCACUAGCAGCUACUAUCGUGGGGCACACGGGAUUAUAGUGGUUUAUGAUGUGACGGACCAAGACAGCUUCAACAAUGUCAAGCAGUGGCUUACUGAAAUUGAUCGCUAUGCAAGUGAAAAUGUUAACAAACUUCUUGUUGGGAACAAGUGUGAUCUCACUGCAAAUAAAGUUGUGUCAUAUGAAACAGCCAAGGCAUUUGCUGAUGAAAUCGGGAUUCCUUUCAUGGAAGCCAGUGCAAAGGAUGCUACUAACGUAGAGCAGGCUUUCAUGGCUAUGGCUGCUGCGAUAAAAAAUAGGAUGGCAAGCCAACCGGCGGCCAUGAACAAUGCCAAACCUCCAACAGUGAAUAUUCGUGGACAACCUGUUGCACAGAGUAGUGGCUGCUGUUCUUCGUAA